CAAGCCCCUUUACCAAGUGGUACAGCCCGACUGAAAAUUUGGCGCGAAGUCGCAAAGAUGGCUGACGGAGAAGGCGACAUGGAGGUGGACACUCCUCAAACUAACAAAGAGGCGCCGAAGAAAGACAGUAGCAAAGUUGACAAGGCAAAACCUGGCACCUCUGGUACAUCCUCUGGAUAUGAGCUACCUUGGGUAGAAAAGUACCGUCCCGUGAAGCUGUGUGACGUGGUGGGGAAUGAGGACACCGUCAGCAGACUAGAAGUCUUCUCUCAACAGGGCAACAUGCCCAACAUUAUCAUAGCGGGCUCUCCUGGUAUAGGAAAGACCACCAGUAUCCUGUGUUUGGCCAGGACCCUGCUUGGACCUGCUUAUAAAGAUGCCGUACUGGAACUGAAUGCCUCGAAUGACAGAGGAAUUGACGUAGUGAGGAACAAAAUCAAGAUGUUUGCCCAGCAGAAGGUCACUCUUCCCAAGGGGAGGCACAAAAUCAUUAUCCUAGAUGAGGCAGACAGUAUGACAGAUGGAGCCCAGCAGGCCCUGAGAAGAACCAUGGAGAUCUAUUCCAAAACCACCCGCUUUGCCCUGGCCUGUAACGCUUCAGAUAAGAUCAUAGAGGCCAUCCAGUCGCGCUGUGCAGUGCUGAGGUACAGUAAGCUGACUGAUAACCAGAUCCUGGAGAGACUGUUGUACGUGUGUGAGAAGGAGAACGUAGAACACACAGACGAUGGGCUGGAGGCUGUCAUAUUCACAGCUCAGGGGGACAUGAGACAGGCACUGAACAACUUACAGUCUACAUGGUCAGGCUUUGGAUAUGUCAACAGUGAGAAUGUGUUUAAGGUUUGUGACGAGCCCCACCCACUCCUGGUGAAAGAGAUGCUGGGCCACUGUGUGGACGCCAACAUUGACGAAGCCUACAAGAUCCUCAAACACCUGUGGAAGAUGGGCUACUCACCUGAAGACAUCAUCGGCAACAUCUUCCGAGUGUGCAAGACUUACCAGAUGCACGAGUACCUUAAGUUGGAGUUUAUUAAGGAGAUUGGUUACACCCACAUGAGGAUAGUCCAAGGAGUGGACUCCCUCCUGCAGCUCUCGGGACUCCUGGCUCGACUGUGUCUGAAGAGUGUGCCUCCCGAAGACAUACCAACAUAGGAACUUCAUACACACAACAGUUAGAACAGUUCAUGGGUUGAUAGAGAGGAGACUCAAAAUAUAUAGCCUUCUGAUAGGGAAGAACAUAUAACUUGUGAAGAAAGGGAAUUCAUACAUUCAGCAUACAACAAGUAUAAAAGUUCAUGAGUUGAUAUAGAGGUACUCAAAAUAUGUAGCUUUCUGAUAUGGAAGAAUGUAUAUCCUGCCUUAUUUCCAAGCAGAUCUUGCAUGGCAUAAGAUAGUAUCAUAAGCUGGGGAAGGAGUUUAGCCGGCAGAGAAAAUAAUUGGCCCGCUUGGAGAUUAUAUCCUGCCAACAUAGGAACUUCAUACACACAGCAGUUAUAACAGCUCAUGACUAUACUGAAAAUGUGUGCCCUUGUGUUAUUCGAGAAUGCGUAACUGUACAGCAUAGGAACAGUUAUAACAGCUUAAGGGUAUAUGUAGCUACUUAAGAUAUUUGCCCUUCUUAUAUGGAAGUUGUGAUUGUGCAGAAAUCUAGAAAGAC